UUCAUGCCUCUAACAAUGGCUAUGAAUUUCCCUUUACCACCACCAAAUAUAGGCCCAAGUUUCAAUGUGAUAGUGACUCAAGAACAGUUCAACUUGUUUCACUACAUAGAUCGACAACUCUUCACUCGUUUGGUGGUAGGACUUGAUCGUGACAUAUCUGAAUCCAUAAAUGUAAUGGCUUUCAUUAUGUGGAUUGAGAGAAAAAGUAAAGAAUAUUAUUUAGUAGCAAAGAUUCUUCGACGUUGGCCAGACACUAUGCUAAGCAACCUUGCUGAUGAGGCUAUCGUCGUCUUGAAUUGCAUUGAGAGCAAUCAAUACCCUAAUCCAUCUAUAACUGAAAGGAACUUGCCAUUGAUUCAAAGCAUGUUCUAUUGCAAUGUCACUCUUGAUUUUUUCCAUGAGAAACGCAUAGAAGUUAUAACAGAAGUCACUAAGUUCAUCAAUCAUGUCUGUGUAAGAGCUUUUGCAGAUAUUAUUGAAAAAGUGCAUUAUGAAAAGGUUGCUAAGGAGCAAAAUGAAUAUCUUGCAAAUUUUUAUCGAGGAAUGUCUGCUAAUCAUCACAUGCAACCAUCACAAGUGGUUUAUUGUGGUCCUAAUGGAGUUCCUAUGGCGCCACAACAAAUUGUUGUACCACAAUGGAAUGAAUCAGAAAAAUCCUCUAAUGAUGCAUUUGAUGCUUUUGACAUUUCUGGACAAAUGGAUAAUUAUAAUCCUGAUAUAAAUGAUGUUUUGGCAAACUUAACUUUGGAUGAUAUUUAUGCUAAUAGUAGUAUAUUUUCUACCGGUAAUGAUAUGACGAAGGAAAAGCCUGUUGAUGAUAGGACACUUUUCAUGACCUUCUCUAAAGGCUAUCCUAUUUCGGAGAAUGAAGUUACAGAUUUCUUCACAAGAAAAUAUGGAGAUAUCGUUGAUAGGAUGAUCAUGCAAGAAGCGAAUCCACCUGAGCACCCACUGUAUGCUCGCCUCGUGGUUCGCCCUGAGGCUAUACAUGUAAUUGAUCAUUUCCUUGAAUACAAACCAAAGAUCAAAUUCGCCAUCAAUGGGAAGCAUGUUUGGGCUAGAAAAUAUGUUCGCAAGGUAUCAUCACCCUUUGAAGCUGGCUCAUCUAAGUUUUUUCCAUGAUAGUAUGGUUUUUACUAUCAAUAAUAAAGUUAUAUAUGUCAGUCGUAUUUAUAUAUGCUGCUGAACAAUUUGUUCGAUAAUUAUACUUUGAUGAACUUUUCAUGUCAUCAAACUUCAUUAAU